AUGGCGGGCAUGUCGGCAUGGGUUGUCGAGCUGAUGAAGACGCAUGUAAGCAACGCAGGAGCGAGGGUGUGGAUUUGCGGGGGAACUGGGCGUGCCGAGCGAGGAGCCCAGGUCGCAGUUAUACGGGAUGUGGUCCGGACUCCUGUUUCGGGUCUGCCUGCAUGGACAGCUGUAUUGACGGCUUAUACGAGGCUUAUAUUUGCGACUGGGCCGCACCAGAAGGUGAAGGAGCAAGCUCGAUCGAGCUCUGCGCCACCAUGCGCAGAAUCAGAUCAGAUGGCACCCCGGCUGAGCCCGCCCCCUCCCUUGAAAGCGGAGAGCGAGGAGAACCAAGAUCGCAGUUUCGUUGCAGACGACGACAGAUCCUGA